AAAUUCAUGGAAUCAGUCAUUCACUUUAAAAACAUUGACACUUUAGGUACCAGGUACCAUGCAAGCAGAGGGUGUAAAAGGUGAACAAAACUGUCAAGUCCUCCCCAGGGAGCUGGAAGGGAGAGAGACAGAUGGGACCGUGUUCAGAAUUCUCACAAAAGCUGAAGGACUUACGGGUGCGGAUGUACCUUUAGAAUUGGUGUUCCAUUUGCCACUCAAUUACCCUUCGUGUCUACCUGGUAUCUCGGUUCACUCCGAACACCUGACCCGGGCCCAGUCCGUGACUGUGAAAGAGAAGUUACUUAAGCAAGCAGAGAACCUUUUGUCGGAACCUAUGGUUCACGAGCUGGUUCUCUGGAUUCAGCAGAAUCUCAGGCACGUCCUCAACCAACCAGACACUGGAAGUGGCAGUGCAAAGUGUACUUUUGCAACAGGCACGAUUGUGGAUGAUGGACUGUGGCUAACUCUUGUGCAUUUAGAUCACAUGAGAGCAAAGACCAAAUAUGUCAAAACUGUUGAGAAGUGGGCUUCCGAUUUAAAGCUGACAGGAAGACUGAUGUUCCUGGGUAAAAUAAUACUGAUUUUACUACAAGGAGCCAGAAGCAAUAUCAAGGAGUACCUGAUUCUUCAGAAAACCUCCAAAGUAGAUGUGGACUCAAGUGGAAAGAAAUGCAAAGAGAAAAUGAUUAGUGUACUGUUUGAAACAAAAGUACAGACAGAACACAAAAGGUUUCUGGCAUUUGAAGUCAAAGAGUAUUCAUCGUUGGAUGAGUUACAAAAGGAAUUUGAAACUGCAGGACUUAAGAAGCUUUUCUCUGAAUUUGUGCUCGGGCUGGUAAAAUGAAAUGAAAGACAGGAAUCUCUUAGUAAGACAGCAGUGGUGUUUUGUUUUGUUUUGUGUUUUACAGUGGGUUUGGGGAAUGGCUAAUUGAAAUCCUCAUAAGAAAACAAUUUUAAAGUUUCUCUGAAGCAAAAUGAUAGACACCAUUCUAACUUCAGGAAAAAAAAGCCCAUUUUGUUUAUGGACUAUUAAACAGUAAAAACACCCAUGUAUUCUAAUUUUUGCCAGUAAAGGCUAGGUUCAAUAGAUGGAAUGUUAUUGAAAGAUAAAUAUAAAAUGAUGAUGGUAAAUGAGCCCUUGUGAUUAUAUAGAGGAUUUGUUUGGAACUGUGCAAUUUUCUGGCCAAUUUUCUUGUAAUUAAAUGAAUUUUUUUUUUAAA